AUGUUUGGACUGACUUCAACUUUAAUAAAGUUUGUAUUUUUAUUAGAUGCUGUUGUAAUACUCAAUCCAGAGAGAUUUUUAAAUAAAGUGGGUCUCAAUCAAACAAAUACAAAUAAUUUAAAACCUCUUAAUAGAAAGAUUGCAGAAACUAUAAAGAAUAUCAGAAUUAAUUCAGAAUUUAUACUUCUCUUUUUAAAUCCUGUGUGUUUCUUAUGUGAAUUUAUUGCUGGUUAA